AUGCAGAUAUUCGUGAAGACGCUGACGGGGAAGACGAUCACGCUAGAGGUCGAGAGCAGCGACACUGUCGAUAAAGUCAAGUCCAAGAUCCAGGACAAGGAAGGCAUCACUCCGGACCAGCAGCGCCUCAUCUUCACAGGGAAGCAGCUGGAGGACGGCCGCACUCUUGAUGACUACAACAUUCAGAAGGAGUCCACGCUUCAUUUGGUGCUCCGCCUACGUGGUGGCGGGGGUGCUGGCGGGGGGAAAUGCUACCCUUGUAACAUCGCGCCCAGUCUCAUGAAGCUAGCACUCAAGCAGAAACUGGAAAAGAUGAUCUGCCGCAAGUGCUAUGCACGCCUUCCCUUGAGGUCUACAAACUGCCGCAAGAAGAAGUGCGGUCACAAUAACGAUGUAAGCCUUUUCUGGCCAUAUCAUCAAAGUUAUCCAUCUUAGGCGAAAGAGUACGUUUCACCGGCACUUAACCAUUGUAAAGUGAGGUAACCGACAAUACAAGUGUGCGCCGAAUGAAAUGGACAUGCAUGCACAAGCGAGAGUUGUGAUCACUUCAGUUGAGGGUUUAACCUCUGCCCUAGCUAGUUUACAGCCCAUGUUGGGAAUAUGUUGCUCUCUUCAACAGUCUGUGACAAUUUGCUGCAUGCAUGUACAUUAAGUUAGUGAAAAUGUUUGUGUAUUAAGAAGACGUCGAGAAGGUGAAAACCACCAAGAAACAUUAGAAUGCAUGGUCUGUGAAUUUAGGGCACGUGCGUAAUUAAUGAAGUUGAGUAAUGCGUUGGUGAUCAGACCAUCUCGGGUCAAGUGUGAGGUUGUACUUGUAUCUGAGUGUUAAAAUUCACCGGACA